CACUGAUCUAUCACCGGAUAGCGUACGCCACUCUCACGCUAUAGCAGAGGGUGAAGUCGCAGGAGGUAAGCUUGCGGCCAUCUUACCACACUCAACAAAGUCCAGCCUGCUAUAGUUUGUCACAUAAUUUUCUUUAUUCAUUUGCUAAAGAUGCCUCGCUGUGCGGCCUUUGCGUGCAGCAAAUUAUCGACCAAGGGAUGUGGCAAUACCUUCCACUUGUUUCCGAAGAACAUUGAGAGACGACAGCUAUGGGUGGCCAGGAUGAGGAGACAGGAGUUCAAGCCAUCAAACAGGGCUGUACUGUGUUCUGAUCAUUUUGAGGAGGCAUAUUUCGAUAAAACUGGACAAACUGUCAGAUUGCGACCAGAUGCAGUACCAACAAUCUUCAACUUUCCUGAUCAUCUUCAGAAGAAAGCUGGCAGUCGCAAACCACCUGCAAGAAGACAACCUGCAGAGCAACACAAAAAUCCACCAGAAGCAGGAUCAAAUCAUCAGCAGACUUCACUAGACAAGGAAAUUAGUGCAGCAGACCAUCAAUACUGCGCAGCCAGCCCACUGUCAACGAAGAGAAAGCUUCACCAGACUGUGGAUGCAUUUCAGGCCUGCAAAAAAAGGUUGAAGCUAGGUCAGCAGCAAACCAGGAGGUUGCAGAAGAAAGUAGAGGCCCUGCAAAACGCUGUUGACUCCAUGCAGAGUUCACACAUGAUCUCCGAGUCUUCUCCAGGAUCAGGCUGCAUCACUCGGCCAGGUCAUUCACAGACACUGCCUUUGGCAAGCUGGGCAGAAAGGCAUUUGGCAAGCUAAUUUUGUUUAAACACCAGUAUAUAGCAGUCAUUUAGAUUUUGAAUGUGUUGAUUAAGAUAUGUACAUAUUUGAUAUUAUUAUUAAAUGAUUCUGUGUUUGUAAAUCUCAAUCAAUUUAUUUGGUGUAAAGCUUUAUUUAAAUGUGCAAGUAUAUGUUUAAUGUAAGUCAACUUGAAUUACAAAAUAGCUGCAUUAUAUUAUGUUCAGAUUGCAGUCAUUUAGUUUUUUAAAAGUUUAUUAAAGUAUGCACCUCAGGAUGUGGGUCGACACGCUUUGACCCGGGUUAAGCGAGACAAAAUGCAUGUUGGCCGUCUUUCCUACAUCUUUGCUGUUGAUAGGUAGCACGAUCUGAUGCAGCUGCUGACAGGAUGCAGCUGCAACUUUUUUAGUUAUUUGAAUAUCCAAAAAUAAUGUUAUUUGUUUCCUGAGAAGAGAUAAGAAAAUUUACUUGAAAGACUAGGACUCAUUUAAUA